AUGAGUUCCUUUCCACCUCCUCCUACUCAGUCCCUAGAAUGGGAAAAGCUCGGGAUUGCACCUAUGGAUGUAAACGCUCAUAUCGAGUGUGAGUAUUCGGUAUCUACUGGCCAUUGGUCAGAACCUCGACUGGUUGAGGAUCCUCUGCUGCGCAUUCAUGGUCUCGCGCCAGGGCUCAAUUAUGGCCAACAAGCAUUUGAGGGCAUGAAAGCCUAUCGUGACCCUCAAGGCAACAUUAAUGUGUUUCGUCCCAAGGACCAUGCAGCCCGGCUGGCCUUGUCGUGUUCCGCAGUUGCUAUUCCCACCAUUCCAGAGGACCUCUUCCUGCGUAGCGUUAAUCUCGUCAUUGCCAGCAAUGCGGAGUAUGUGCCACCACACGAUACAGACGCUGCCCUCUACAUUCGACCUCUGGUGUUCGGAUCGGAUCCGUUCUUUGCAGUCUCCGCGGGGACGGGGUACAAGUUUUGCAUUUAUGUCCAGCCCUACAGGGCCUACCAUGGAAGUCAGCCUAUACCAGCCCUGAUCCUGGAAGACUUGGACAGGGCUGCUCCUAAAGGCGUGGGCCAUGUCAAAGUCGGUGGAAAUUAUGGUCCCGUUCUGAAAUGGAGUGAUCAAGCCCGUGCUGAGGGUUACUUCAUUACUCUACAUCUCGACAGCCGAACCAAUUCUGAAAUUGACGAGUUCAGCACCUCCGGGUUUAUCGGUCUGAAGAAAACCGGAGAUUCCUUCACAGUGGUGGUACCCAGUAGUCGCUCAAUCCUGAAAAGUGUGACCAGCACCACAUGCCUGGAUCUGGCCAGGUCCCUAGGUUGGAAUGUUGAGGUCCGCCCGAUUCCAUAUUCCGAACUCCAAUAUUUCAGUGAGGUCAUCGCGGUCGGCACUGCGGCAAUGCUGGUCUCCAUCAAGUCGAUCACCCGGAGGUCUACUGAGGAGAUUUUUGCAUAUAGCACUGACGGCUCAGGCAAUGGUUGUAAGCAGCUGCAACAGGCUCUUCUGGACAUUCAGAAAGGAAGAGUCAAGUCCAAUGAGGACUGGCUAUGGCAGGUUUCGCCUGUUGAGCAGCCAAGUGGUGAUGAAAAUGCAUGA